UCUUUUCUACAAUUCCACUCUCCCUUUACGACUUGGCAAAACGGGAGCCCUCAACUCACUCGCCCGCGCUAGCAGCGGCACAGCACCGUGUCGAGCCCACAAGUUCCCAUACAAACCCAGGCAGCGACUCGCCCUUUAUUGGUCUCGACGCGAAUAAGCUCGGCGCAGCCCUACAAGCAGGGCGAGAUGCGCCUCCUUGGCGACGCGGACCCAUGGGGAUCGAAGCUGAGAGCCUGAGAGACGCCCCUUGGAUCUGAUGCCGUCUGCCUAGCGCGGCCGGUAAUGGGAUGUAAUAUCCGGUGAGCAGCCCAUCGACACUUUGGCUCUCGUCCCUGCUGCAAACGUUUUGGUGAGGGAAACGGUUGGGCAUGUUAUUGCCCAUCCUGGCUCGUCCGCCGAGGUCUCAACCGCAACCUCGAGAGCAAGACGAAAACGUGCGCACAGCCACGACGAUCACUCGCUCCUUCGAUUCUUCAGUUUCUGAUCCCCACAUGGAUAUCGUCGAUAGACCCGGGCUGCGCCUCGUGGAUGGACGACGGGGGUGGCGCAUGGCUCCCCCCCAUUGACCGUAUUGAUAUUCGACAGCCUCUCGCCCGACUCGCCUGGCCAGCCAAGUCUUUUCGGCACUUCGGCCACUCGAGAAGACAAUAGGGCGGGCCCCGUCAUUUCCCGCUGGAUGCCAAGAUUGCGUCGGAUCUGGCGAGGCUUGUGGGAAGCUUGGGCCCGGUUGACUUCAACUCGAGCCAAAUCGCUCGGAGGCCGUUUUCCGAUAAUAUACCCAGGGAAACAGCGGUCACGUCGGCAGGAGGAAGCAUCAGGUCGGUAAACCCGAGAAUGACUUUGAAAGGCCAUGGGUACCUGGGUGGGAGAAGAUUUCUGGUUGUUGAACUCUGCUCCGCGGUUUUGCUCGUGCUUUUGGGUCAAAGCUUGGUCAUUCAGGUUCAUGAUUAUCAGGGUCUGAUAAUGCCAUGGGUAGCACUAAGAUGAGAUUCCUCAUAGAUCGACAACGUCUCCAAUCGCAAUACAAGCACCGAAACUUCGCGAGUCAGUCCCGAAGUCUGGCCUGGGAUGGCAGAAGACCUCUCCAGACAGGUCCGGGCGGAUUGCUCCGUUCCCAGGGUUCGCCAAGCGCACAGGAAACGUGAGUCCGUGCCAUUAAAUGACAGGAAAUCUUCGGCUCCGGUGCCAACCUCUUGACGCUUAACUCCGUGUCCUCCGGAUUCGCGGGGUGAUCGUGCCAACGUUCGGAGCGGCGUUGCUUGUCCGGCCAUAAUCCCGAUUCGGGACGGACAGCAUGUCGGCUUUCGAUUCCACAAGGCAUCACGACGGCAUCAGAUGUACCGGAGUAUAUAAACAUGGAGUACAUGAUGUUGAACCGUGUUGGUUGCAUACAUCAAGCGUCUUAGUCUUGACUUCUUACUCAAAGUAGCACCACUCAACGCCAUUCCCCUGCGUCGUCAACAAACAUUAACAAACAUGUCCCGAUCAAUCUAUCUUGGAGCCGAUGGCAAGCUCUGCAUCAAGCAAGUCACCGAGGCCCGCGUGCCGCAAAAGUCGCAAGCCCUCGUUUCGGUCAGUUACUCGGGCGUUAACUUGUGUGACCUCAACUUUUUCCACGUCGGCCUGAACUCCUACAUCACGGGCUUCGAGUUCGCCGGCACCGUCGAGGCAGCGGGCCCGGAGUCGACUCUUCAUCCGGGCGACGUCGUCGUCGGCCUGUCCCCUGUCUCCUUCCCCCAGCCUUCGUCCAUGGGCACGCACCAGGACAAGGCCAUCGUCGAGAGCGACCUAGCCUUCAAGAUCCCCGCUGGCCUGCCCCUCACAGACGCCGCCGGCCUGGUCCUCGUCACCCAGACCGCCGUCGACGCCCUCUUCAACGUCCUCGGACAUGGCCUGCCGGCCGCCGACGUGGCUGGAGCCGGCGCCACCGACAGAGCCAUCCUCAUCUGGGGUGGCGCCAGUAGCGUCGGCGUGGCAGCCAUCCAGCUCGCCAAGGCCGCGGGCUUCGGCCACAUCUUCGCAACGGCUUCGCCCAAGAACCACGCCGUUCUCCAGAAGCUGGGGGCCACGCGCUGCUUCGACUACAAGAGCCCGGUCGUGGCUGAGGAUAUCCGCGCCGCGGCGGAGGAGCUCGGGGUCGUGUUGGCCACCGCCUUCGACACCGUCGGCCACGGACUUGCGGGCCCCGGCGUCGAUCCUCAGCGGACCUCGCCCGCCCUCGUGCGUCGCAGCCUGUCAGCGGGCGUCCCUGAAGAGUCACUCAAGCUCGCGUGCACGCUGCCCGUCCCCAGUGAUCCAGCGUUCGGCUUCUGCACGUCGUACCGUCCCGCAGGCAGCGUGGGGGCCAUGGGGAGCCCCCAGGACCCGGAGUUCCCGGUUCGCUCGCGCAAGGUUAUGUCGUACCUCUUGAGCACCCUCGAAAGGGUUCCGCGGCAUCCGAAUGUUACGGUGGUAAAGGGAGGGGAGGCGGGCAUCAAGGAGAUCGAGAGGGUGGCUCACGGCGGCGCCUCUCUGGAGAAGGUUGUAAUUGAGCAUCCCAUCUGA